CAUUGACUGUUUUUUUUUCAAGUGCAUGCCUCUUCCCAUAGAUAUACAGCUUAAUAUUAACAUGCAUUCACGCACACUAGUUUGUCAUAAUUUGUAAAUACGUCGGACAUUUCAGAGAUGAAGUUGUGUUUGGUGGCUUGGUUGGUUGUGCAGUUGUUGCACGUCCUUUGCCUCAAUGUCUUCUACCUUGGCUUUGCAUCCUCCUCCUCAUCGCCUUCAUCACCGAAAGGCCAUAUCAGCUUUAGUCUCUCGGACUUAAUAAGUGAAAGCAGCACCGACAGUAGCAGCAGUUGCAGCAGUAGCAAUAGCGAGGACGAUGUAAGUGGUAGCGGCGAGACGGGCACAGACAGUGAUAAUAGCGGGGGUGGCGGUACCGGUGGCAACGGGGGACAGGAUCAUGAACCUGCCCAUGUUGGUGGCGAUUGCUCCGGCUGCGGAAGCUGCUACGAUCCGCAUGCUGUCUGUGUGGAGUUCGGCUGUAACAACAUCUGUGUGUGUGAGCCAGGUUACACGUUUAUCAAGAACGGAGCCUUUAAAUGCGGACAAUGUCUUCCUGAAUGUUCAUGUGACGAUGGAGAUAGCUGCCCAUGUGGUGAGUGCGAGAAAUGCGAAGAUGGAAAAUGCGUUCCUGGAUGUAUCGGAUGUGAGGUUUGCGUGCCCGGAAACGGAUGUGUGAAACUUGGUCCCGGAGACGACUGCACGCUGCACCCACACAAGUGUUGCCGCGACGAUCUCACGUGCAGAAAUGGCAUAUGCGAAUGUGAGGAUGAGAACCUCCAAAACGACGAGGACGAAGACAAGUGCUUGGGCGAUGACCUCGGCGAGCCUUGUGACAAUAAUGAUGAAACCGACCCAUGCACAGAUAAAGAUAACCGUACCGAGUGUGGCAGUGAUGGUAAUCCGGUGUGUAUCUGCUCCGACCCCUACGUUGAAACAAACGGCAUAUGUUGUUGGUGUGAGUAUCCACAAUGGUGUAAUGAAAAUGGGGACUGUGAAGCUCCACUUCAAAUCGGUGACAUAUGUGGGCCUAAGGGAGAUGCGAACGCGUGUCUGAGGGAUAUUGGGAUCAAAUGUAGGAGUGCUGAUUGUUGUGGAAAUGCAAAUGGAAAUCCUAAUUAUCCAUGCAAUGUUAAGUACUGUGUGUGCGAUACGGAAUGGGGAUUCCAGCUGAACGCGACCGAAAACGGAUGUGUACAUUCUGGACUACCAGUGGUACCGCAUCAGGACUGCGCGGACAUGGUAUACGAGUGAAAUCGGAGGAACAGCAAAGACAUUAUUAAAUGAUAUUUGCAAUGUUGUUUAACAUCUUAAUACACAAUUAUGUGUCCUUCUAUUUUUAAAAAAAGUCGUAAUUUGAGAUGAUAUCUAAUAAAAUAAUUGUUACGUUC